AUUUUAAUUGCUGUUUUAAGGGUAUAUUUAAAUCUUGUAUCAUUUGCAUGUAUUUCAUGAUAUCUACUUAUGAUAGAUCAGACUAAGAAACCAAUACCAUACAGACCUAGUUAUCUUUAUUAUAACCCUUAUAACAAUUACCAUAAUCUUUCAAGUCUGAAUGUGCUUCCCUCAUCCCUCUUUAUUAAAUGUCCCAUUUGAGACAUUUGCUCAAAUACAUUUAUAAUUUUAUUCAUUUAUUUAUUGGAAUGGGAUUAUGCCACAUUUGUUUCAUUUUAGCCUUGGUAGUGGCUCUUCCUCCUAUCCUUCAAGGUCCCUCUCUAAGAUCUUCACAGCUUUAUCUACUUUCUGUAAAAAAUAAGGCAACAGGUAAAUGAUAGGGAAGGAAAUGAAUACAGUGGCAGACCAUAUUUUCCAUGCAUAGAAACAUAAAGUUGUGCUGGAUUACUCCCAGCUGUACAUGUUGAACUCCAGAGAAGGCAUAGAACACAACAGAUAAGAAUUGUCACUACAACAGUACCAUCAGAUGUGUCAAGACAUAGAGUGCAUAUUAAAGAUAAUCUGGUUUAAAUAAAUUAUUUGAAUUUUAGUGAAACUUUUGGCUGAUUUUUAAAUGUUUGCAAAUAUCACUUCUCACCUUGCAUAAUAACUUUAUGAUUCAUGAUCCAAGAAUUCAGAGCAUUCCAGAUCCAAUGGGAAAUUUCGUAACAGACAUCCUCAUCUGCCUUUUCCAGUAAUGGAAAAGCUGAAUAAACCACUAUAAAGCCUAUGACAGGAGUCUUCAAACUUGGCCCUUGGAAUGCUGGCUGAGGAAUUCUGGGAGUUAAAGUCCACAAGUCAUAAAAGGGCCAAGUUUGAAGACCCUGGCCUAUGAAAUGUAACAAGUAAGUCCCAUGUUCCCUAAAAAAUAGUAUUCAGAGGCACAUUGUAUCUUGUUUCUUGUAUAAUUGAAGUGGUAAAUCCCAGAUACUUUUCUGGCAAGAAAAAUACAAGAGUAUAGAACCAUUUUAUAUCAUUUUUCAAAAUCCUAAACCAGCUAUCUGAGCCUCAUGGUUAAGCCAAGACUUUCUGCUGUUUGACAUGAAGAUUAAGACUUUGCAGUGGGACUGGUGACUCAAUGUGUCUUUUGUUCCUGUUAGUGAAGCCCUCCUCCACUGCAAUGCUUCUAAGACACCAACACGAGCAUUGCUGUCUCCCUCUAAGUUCCUGUCCCACCUUUUUACAUUUUAAAAAGUUUCAAAUCAAAGAAAUGCAACUGUGGCCAAGUGCAAGCAAAGAUUCCAGCAUCAUCUUGAUUUGCAAGAACAGGUCUGGACCACCAGUGGGCCCAAUACCCCUUCUUUAAAAAAGUAGAAUUGUUUUUUUGGAAUCGUAUCUUGCAGGGCUCAGGAUCAAGCAGGAUGCUGAAAAAGCAUUAUUUUGUAUCUACUUAUGGGGCUCUGGCAGCCAUUUUAUGAAUAGGCAGCCCCCCCCACCUCCAACCAUUUUGCAAGGACGCCUCCACUACUAUAUUAACAAUCCCAAGCACCGCAGACAUCCUCGUGCCUGCCUGCCAGCACCCACAGGACAUUAGCCCGAGGCGCUGCGCGUCAAGACACGGGAGAGCGCCCAAGCGGGGAUGCAAGAGGCCAAUUUCCGCAGACCGCAGGGAGGAAGUUGACUGGCGACUAAGUCUCGUUCGGCUGCACUUCGGAAUCGGAUCUUCGGCGCUGUUCCCGCCUUGCCCUUCGCAGCCGCCUGCAGUCCCGCCCCGGGAGGAGGCGGAGAAGCAAACCAAGGUCAGGCGAGCCUUCCGCGUGCGCCCCUCUCCCUCGCUGGCUUCUAGGGCGCCGGGAGGAGCGGGGCUGGGCGCCAUGAGCGAGCGUCGCGGCUGUCGCCCUGGAUCGUGCGGGCCAACCAGGCCGGGAAGCAGCGAGGAGUUGCCCACAGAUGGACUUGAAAAUGGCUUAAAAUCAAAUGAAGAACCUCUCUUAAGAAAGAAUCCCCAUCGAUUUGUCAUCUUCCCAAUCCAAUACCCUGAUAUAUGGAAAAUGUACAAGCAGGCUCAGGCUUCUUUCUGGACAGUAGAAGAGGUUGACUUGUCAAAGGAUCUUAUUCAUUGGAACAACCUAAAACCAGAAGAGAAACACUUCAUUUCGCAUAUCCUAGCUUUUUUUGCUGCCAGUGAUGGAAUUGUUAAUGAAAACCUAGUAGAACGUUUUAGCCAAGAAGUGCAGAUCCCAGAAGCUCGCUGUUUCUAUGGCUUUCAGAUAUCAAUAGAAAAUGUUCAUUCUGAGAUGUACAGUUUGUUAAUAGACACCUACAUCAAAGAUCCUGAGAAAAGGGACUUUUUAUUUAAUGCUAUUGAGACAAUGCCAUGUGUCAGGAAGAAAGCAGAUUGGGCAAUGAAGUGGAUAACAGACAGAGAAGCCAGUUUUGGUGAAAGAGUGGUUGCGUUUGCUGCUGUCGAAGGAAUCUUCUUCUCUGGUGCUUUUGCAGCCAUAUUUUGGCUCAAGAAGAGAGGGUUAAUGCCAGGCCUUACUUUCUCCAAUGAACUUAUUAGCAGAGAUGAAGGGCUCCACUGUGACUUUGCUUGCCUGAUUUUUCAGCAUUUAAUGAAUAAACCUUUGGAGGAAAGAGUGAAAGAGAUCAUUGCCAAUGCGGUUGAAAUUGAAAAGGAGUUCUUGACAGAGGCCUUACCUGUGGGGUUGAUUGGAAUGAAUUGUACUCUGAUGAAACAGUAUAUUGAAUUUGUGGCUGAUAGACUGCUUCUGGAACUGGGUUUCCCUAAGAUCUUUCAAGCAGAAAACCCUUUUGACUUCAUGGAAAACAUUUCCCUAGAAGGAAAAACCAAUUUCUUUGAGAGGAGAGUUUCAGAAUAUCAACAUUUUGCAGUUAUGUCCGAAGCAAAUAAUAAGGUAUUUACUUUAGAUGCUGACUUUUGACGCUGCCUACUUGGAAGAUUGACAAAGCCAAAUUUCACCAUCAGUGACUACAAGAAACUUCUUACAAUCCAAGUAGGGUAUUCUUGGAAUAUUUUAUUCACUAUUGAUAAUUGAUAGAAAAGUUUCUACAAAUACUGUAGGUUACAGGUUGUGUGCAUAUAUGCACUCUUAACAAUUCAUUCUGUAACAUCAUGCAACUUUUCUAAAACUAUAUUGUGACAUUUAGGACAAAGAUCAGCAGCUGAUCAUUUUGAUAAAAUCCAAUCCCAUCUUUAGAGUGGAAAGCUUUUAUGAUAAUGAGAAUGACUACACUAUAAUAUUCAUUCCUACCUCAGUUCUUGAACUGAUCUGAGAUGAAAGACAUACUCCUUUGUCUUAAAGGAAUAUUCCAGCAUAAAGUCUUGGUUAAUGCUGGGAUGGGAGACCAUCAGAGAAACUUAAGACUACAAGCUAGAUUUGAAAAACAUUCUAGGCAAUGGAAAACCACUCCUGCAUUGUUUCAAGGACAUCAACAUGGACAUGACCACAUAAUCAGCAGGUAUCGAAAUUGACUCAGUAGAGAUUUUGUUUUUAUGCAAAAGAAAAUUGUACUUGGGAAAAUGAAGAUGACACGAGCACUUUAUAAUCCUUUAAAAGCAUCAUUCAUUUUGGUUAGUCAAAUCAGCACAAUGUCUGAAGUAAUGUGUUUUGGAGGGAUUUUUUUCAUUUGGCCUCAAAACUUCAUUUUGACUUUAAACUUGAUUGCAGCAACCCACAUGACAUAGAACUGAUCACUUGACACAAAGUUUUGGCUUAUUCAGCAUGAUGAACCAAGAUAGCUUGUUCUUGUUAUGCAAACAUAGCUAUUUUCAUAACAAAUUAGUGCUUAAAGUAAUGUGUGAACAGUGUCUGUGUUUAUAUGAUAUACUGAUCCAAAAACUAUCCAGGGCAUUUUAAGUGAGUGUCUUGUCUGAACCCAGACUUUAUAAUUAGUUUUUGGUGUGUCAUGCAGACUUAGAAAAUUGGGGUAAUUGAAUAAUUUAUGCAUAAUGAUAUCAUAUGAACUUAGCUUCAUUGUAUGUAGUGGGAUAAGAUUUAAGCUUUUCCUUAUUUAGCAUGUGAGCAAUGAAAAACAGAUGACUACAAAAGUAUACUUUAAAAAGAGAAAAUAUAGAAGUAAUUGACAAAACCGAAGCUUCCUUUGUGAAACAUCAUAGCUAAUGUUUAAGUGGGAAAACCAGUUUUGUCAAACUUUCUGUAUGAGCAUCCAAUAAAGGGGGUGGGUAGGGCAGAGGCAAAGAUAAUUUAAUAAUGCUCAAGAUAUCAUUGUUUUUUUCUUCUAGAAGUUGCACUAGCACCUUCCAGAUAUCUUGGACUUUCAGCUCACAUAAUCUUUGAGUUAUGAGACAGUUUUAUUCAUCACUGUUCCUGUCCAAAUAGGAUCACAAUUUAAGGACGAAAUAUAUCACAGGGAUGAUAUAAAUCACACCCUAAUAUUGUCAGGAAUUGAUGAAGGUUUGAUACAUUGUGCUAAGCCAUUGUAAGGUUUGUGCUGUGUGAUCAGUUAAUUGUGGGUUACAGAUUAGAAGUUGAGUGUAUUGUUUGAACCCACCAUAGCUUUAAAGCUGAAAUAGUUGCAAAAUUGCUUUUUCAGGAACUGUAAUAAGAAAAAGCAAUGUUAGAAAGUCAGUGGCUAAUGAACUCAGCAAGUUUUACAUUAGAGUAAAUAUGUCAAUAAUUGUAUUAUCAGUGAGUUCUUAAAGAUCUGAAGUUUAUAAAGCUUCCCCUUUUUUGGUCCGUGCAAAUUUGUUUGGUCUUGAAUUCAGCCUUAGUUAAGGAAACAGGCCUUCUGAUCCACUUCAGGGAAGUAAAUGAGAUAUUUUGUUGGAUGUAUUUUAAAGCUUUUUCAAAUAUUCCUGUUUCAUGUAUAAGAUUCUGAUUUAGUCAUUUUAUUAAUGACAUAAAACUUGCAUUAAGUUUUGUAAAAUCUUUUUAAUUCAGUUUAAUUUAUCUUUUCACCAGUAAAAUGUCAUAAAUAUGAACUAGAAUGGACAAUGUAAAGAAUGCUUCAUAGUUUGUCACUAAUACGUUUUGGAAAAAAAUACAAAAUGGUUUAAAUAAAAAUAAUGAGAACAAA